AUGUCCACCAACCGUCCAUUCUUGGCCAACUUCCUGGCUGCCUUUCGGGCCCAGUCCACCUUCAAAGCCGCCUCGCAACAACCAUCAGGCACAUCGUCUCUCUCAUCAGCCCAGAUCGCUUCCAGUGCUCGGUCAAUAGCCUCCAAGGCCACCCAAUCAGGCCCCUCGUCAGCCGCAGCAACAUCCUCCUCCCACCAUCACCAUCACCACCAGCACUCCGCAUCCUCCUCAUCUGCUUCCGCGGCUCCAGCAACAUCAACUCCCUCCGCCCACACCCAACAGACCUCCUCUCCCACCCAUCAUUCCCACCACUAUCACCAUGCACCUCUAGAGCCCUCCCCUCUCUCCGCAUCACCACCCCCACCUCCCACCACAUCCACCCCGAUCCCUAUCAAUCGCGGCCCCGCUGACCGCCAGCGCCGCGGCAGUGAUUCCUCCUCCGGCUCGGGUGGUUUUCGCGAUGCCCUCGGCCCGGAGAAGUGGUACAUUGGCGGCCGCACGCCAGCCGGUGAAGAGCGCUUCUACCGUCUCGGCAUGGUGACCAAGGGUGGCGGCCGGCUCGGCGGCGGGGGCCGUGUCGGCAGCAUUGACCAGUUGAGCCUGUGA